GGAGGCGGAGCCGCGGGGUCCCCACCCCCACCCGGAAUCCUCGCCCGCCCGGGAGAAGCCCGGGAGCCCCGGCGGGGAGGAGGAAGUGCUCGGGGACCGCCCCCAGCCUGCGGGACUUGGGGAGCAGCCGGACUCUACCGGAGUCUACCUCGGACACCAUGAGGCUCGAGACCGAAGCCCCUUCGAGGUGAAGCCGCCGAGUUCCCGGCCUCCGCCGGGCGUUCCCGGGGAGAGCCGAGGGACCCCUCUGCCCAGCACACACAACUUGCCUGCUUUUCACCUGGGACUGGCGGAGCGGCAGGAGGACUUAGACGCAGGGACUUCAGGGCAGGGGGCGCCCCCUGCCCGGGUCGCCGGUCGGGGUGAGGGGACUUGCCCCUCGCCCCCAGCUGCUCUGCGUGCAUGGCGCCGCCGGCUGAGUGAGGGUGGAGGACUUCCACGCCCCAGACCUCUUGUCUUCACCGGGGAAGAUGUACGAGAGUGUGGAAGUAGGGGGGCUCACCCCCACCCCUAACCCCUUCUUAGUGGUGGAUUUUUAUAACCAGAACCGUGCCUGUUUGCUGCCGGAGAAGGGGCUCCCCGCUCCGGGCCCCUACUCCACCCCGCUCCGGACUCCGCUUUGGAAUGGCUCAAACCACUCCAUCGAGACCCAGAGCAGCAGUUCGGAAGAGAUAGUGCCCAGCCCCCCCUCGCCGCCCCCCCUCCCCCGCAUCUACAAGCCCUGCUUUGUCUGUCAGGACAAGUCCUCAGGCUACCACUAUGGGGUCAGCGCCUGUGAGGGCUGCAAGGGCUUCUUCCGCCGGAGCAUCCAGAAGAACAUGGUGUACACGUGUCACCGGGACAAGAACUGCAUCAUCAACAAGGUGACCCGGAACCGCUGCCAGUACUGCCGGCUGCAGAAGUGCUUCGAAGUGGGCAUGUCCAAGGAGUCUGUGAGGAACGACCGAAACAAGAAGAAAAAGGAGGUGCCCAAGCCCGAGUGCUCUGAGAGCUACACGCUGACGCCGGAGGUCGGGGAGCUCAUUGAGAAGGUGCGCAAAGCGCACCAGGAGACCUUCCCUGCCCUCUGCCAGCUGGGCAAAUACACUACGAACAACAGCUCGGAACAACGUGUUUCUCUGGACAUUGACCUCUGGGACAAGUUCAGUGAACUCUCCACCAAGUGCAUCAUUAAGACCGUGGAGUUUGCCAAGCAGCUGCCCGGCUUCACCACCCUCACCAUUGCCGACCAGAUCACCCUCCUCAAGGCUGCCUGCCUGGACAUCCUGAUCCUGCGGAUCUGCACGCGGUACACACCCGAGCAGGACACGAUGACCUUCUCGGAUGGGCUGACCCUGAACCGGACCCAGAUGCACAACGCUGGCUUCGGCCCCCUCACCGACCUGGUCUUUGCCUUUGCCAACCAGCUGCUGCCCCUGGAGAUGGACGACGCGGAGACCGGGCUGCUCAGCGCCAUCUGCCUCAUCUGUGGGGACCGGCAGGACCUGGAACAGCCGGACAGGGUGGACAUGCUGCAGGAGCCGCUGCUGGAGGCGCUCAAGGUCUACGUACGGAAGCGGAGGCCCAGCCGCCCCCACAUGUUUCCCAAGAUGCUGAUGAAGAUCACGGACCUGCGUAGCAUCAGUGCUAAGGGGGCCGAGCGGGUGAUUACGCUGAAGAUGGAGAUCCCGGGUUCCAUGCCACCUCUCAUCCAGGAAAUGCUGGAGAACUCAGAAGGCCUGGACACUCUGAGCGGACAGCCGGGGGGCGGGGGGCGGGACGGAGGUGGCCUGGCCCCUCCGCCCGGCAGCUGCUGCCCCAGCCUCAGCCCCAGCUCCAACAGAAGCAGCCCGGCCACCCACUCCCCGUGACCGCCCGCACCACGUGGACACAGCCCGCGCCCCCUGUCCCGGCUUUUCUCCACCUUUACCAGCCAUGUGCCCCCACCAGCCCUGCCCCCACCUGUCCUCCCAGACAGAACUGGGCACCUUCCCUGGGGGACAGGAAGAAAGGCAGAGACUUCUUGGACAGCCUGAGCCAUGAUGGACUGCCCACCCUGCAGCCUGGGCUGAUGUCGGGCAGGGCCGUGAACUGAGUGAGGACCCCUGGUCUGGGCCUCAGGAUGGGGCUGGGGGGCCUCGUGUUCAUCCAGACACCCCUCUGCUCACCUCGCCACAUCUUCAUCACCAGCAAAUGCCAGGACCUGGCUCCCCAUCCUCAGAACUUGCAAGCCAUUGCUCCCCAAUUCUGGGGAACCUUCCCCCCUGCCUUGGUUGGUGACAGAGGGGGUGGGCCGGGGUGGGGGGCUCCCCCUGUACAUACCCUGCCGUACCAACCCCCAGGUAUUAAUUCUCGCUGGUUUUGUUUUUAUUUUAAUUUUUUUUUUUUUGGUUUUGAUUUUUUUUAAUAAGAAUUUUCAUUUUAA